GAUGAAAUGCUUCUAACGCUCAAUACCCUUGACUCCGAAUUAUGCAUGAAACCCCGAAAUCCCCCUUUCGUAGAACAUUUUAACUAUAUCAGCCUGCCAUUGCAUCCUACAUCUAGCAUCUCCUUUACCCCACUCCUCGUAAGAUUGAAGAUUGAGGUAAUCAUGCACACAUAUUUUCCGAGCACCAUUGAACGCCACUGGAGAGAUUUCCACUUUCCACUAGCAACCACGAUCUCGCUCCAUUGAACAAUAUUCCAAAUCCUCAUUUCGAAUUGACUCGAGAAGUCCCCUCCCCGCCUGGAAACUUACGCUUCGUCGUUGCAUAGGGUAUUUUUGACAGCGAUCUUCUAUUCUUGUUUUCGUAGGAUGAAGCAGCUCUCUAUCCAAUCGACUCCUUAGCUCAGCCUUAAAGUUGUGAUCGCAAAAACUUUUGGCUCAAAUACCAAGCCGUCACAGCGAGUAGGCUUUCAGGAAUUGAUAAUCUCACAUCAAGCCUUCAGUUCAUCCAAGCAAGCCACUUGGACCGGAUCUCUCGAUAUCUCUUGGCUACAAUGGUUCUUAUCAACACCGGCACCUACGAUGCAAACGAUAACCAUGGGCCACUCAUGAAUCGAGUCGCUGUUGCGAUGAUGCUGAUCUCGCUCGUCGCUACCUGUCUCCGAAUCUUUGCAAGAAGACUUGUGCACCAGCAGCUGUGGUGGGACGAUUGGUUCACUCCCAUUGCACUUGCUUUUUCCUGGGGCGUUACUAUCAUACAUAUAAUAGCUGUCGAAAAGGGCAAUUUUGGCCGCCACAUCCUUCCCACCACGAUGCCCUCAGAGAUCGUUCGCUUCCUCAAAUGCCUCUUUGGCGUUCAGGUUGGAUAUCCCAUAGCCAUCGCGGCGAUAAAAUUUUCCAUCUUGUUUUUUUAUCGACGUAUAUUUAGUAUUGGGCCAACGAAGCUCCCACUAGUUCUUUUAGGAGCCGUUGUAGCGGCUUGGGCGAUUGCUAUGAUAAUCAUGGGAAUUUUCUCCUGUAGACCGGUAAGGGGAUUUUGGAUGCGAGAGGAAAUCCCAACUGUAUGCAUGAGCGAGGUUACAUACUUGCUCGCUGUUGCGAUCCCUAACGUUGUGACUGAUAUUGUGCUCAUCAUAUUUCCAUUGCCAAUCCUAUGGAGCUUGAAAGUCACCAUGUCACAUAGAAUUGCUCUGUCUGGCAUAUUCUUAAUAGGUGGUUUCAUUGUCAUCAUCUCAUGCCUUCGUUUGAUCACAGUGACACAAUCAAACAGCAACCCCGAUGUCACUUGGGCACUCCUCCCACUUGGGAUCUUCAACGUCCUUGAGAUGAACAUCGGUAUUCUUUGUGCCUGCUUACCUAGUAUGGCUCCACUCCUCCGUAUUCUAAUGGGCAAGGCUGCCAUGACAUCCAACCCUACGCCACCGGCACCCAGUGGUCACUCCAUCUCCACCUCGGGACGCAAACCUUGGUCUAGCAGUAAGCGGAGUAAUACACAUGGUCUCUCGGUACUCGAAAGCCAAAAUGAAAGUGUAACAUGGCUUAAUGAUGCACCAACCACUCAUACGGGUGUCGUGAUGAGGCCCAAGACCUCAAUACAUGGCCCAGAACCAUCGCAGAUUGAGCUCCAUCAGAUGAAAGAUGAUGGGAAGAUUCGAGUUGAUCGCAAUAUCACUUGGUCUGAGUCCUAGAUUUGACUUUGGCCUCGCAGGAGAGGCUUAUGUACAGAAAAUGAAAUCAUUUGGCGGUGUUUGGAUCUAGUCUCGGCAAAAACUGCUUACGAAAAUGGGUUUUAUGGUACUUUUGGUAUGGUUGAAUAGUUCUUGGGUGAUUUGUAAAAGAAUAUGUAGCAUUAGCAGGAUAAUUUUUUACUUACAAUUAAUGAUACCAUUUUGAGCUCUA